UUUCUGGCUGUGCGUGCGUGGGAGUGAGCCCCAGCUGUAGCUACUUCCUGGCUGCAGCUCUUCCGUCUCUUCCUGCUUCCGCCAGCCUUAUCCAUCCCGUGGUGACAUACUUUUUGGUACUGCUCCGCUCUGCUCCUCCUCCUCGAGUACAUUAAUCUCUCAAAUCCAUCACCACCACUGAUCCUCCCACAGACCUGCAUCCCCCUCUCUCCAUCACCCACCUUCCUCAAUCUCGCUCAUCCAACCCGACACAAUGUCUUACGCCGACGCAGCUGCCAGCGGCCCGGCCCAGUCCGACGCCGACAAGGUGCCCGCGCCUGUGCCCGAGAUCGCCCACGACGACAGCGACGUCCACUCCAUCGACUCCCUGAACGACUCCCUCCACAUCGUCGGCGGCGUCAACUCCAUCCCCAGCUACGCCGACCAGCAGCGCGCCGAGGAGGAGGCCGCCGAGGCCCGCCGCGCCGUCGAGAAGACCGCCAACAAGGUCGGCCGCGAGGCGCAAGACUUCAAGGACCGCGCCGAGAGCUCCGCCAAGCAGCUCGGCAAGGACGCCGACCGGAACCUCUCCCAGGCCGCCGACAAGGCCGACAGGAACCUCUCCCAGGCCAAGGACAAGGCCGAGAAGGACAUCUCCCAGGCCAAGGACGUCGCCGGCGAGAAAUACGCCGAGGCCAAGGACGUCGCCAGCGAGAAGUACUCCCAGGCCAAGGACGUCGCCAGCAAGGAGUACUCCAAGGCGAAGAAGGAGCUGGGCGCCGGCGCCGACAAGGCCGAGGAGAAGGCCAAGAAGGCGGAGCAGUGGGCGGACAAGAACAAGGGCAACCCGGUCGUCGUGGGCAACGCCGUCGCCAUCAGCGUGCUGGCCGGCUUCCUCGGCGUCGGCGCCUACCGCCUGCACAAGGCCGACGCUCUGACCUGGAAGGUCGCCGGCACCUGGGCCGGCGUGGUCGGGCUGUUCGCCGUCGGCGACUACUUCGUCUCGCAAUACUUCUUCAAGCGAUACCCUCCCAAAUAGAUGACGGAGCUCACCUUUUUUCAUGUUUGGCCCGGCUGGACCUUGAGCCCCCCUCCCUCCCUCCCUCCCUCCACUCCCCCCUCUCUCCCCC